CUGGUGUUAGAGUGGAGGAUGCUGAAGACAGGAUUAGAUGGAGGAAACGGAUUCGCUGUGGCGACCCCUGAAGGGAAAAGCCGAAAGGAAAAGAAAAAGAAGAAUAUUCAUGGACUGAAACUUUCUAAAUAAAGGGAAUAACAGUUUUGAUAAACAUACAACUUUUUAUUAUAGAAAUGUUUGGCUGGUAGAAAUCUAAUAUGGCUGAUAGACUUUGGAUGUUACCAGUCAUAACUAAAAAUGUACCAAUUAUUGGAUUGAAGACAGCAACAUGACUGAUUGUUCUUCUCUGAAGUAGAGAUCAGUAUAGGGCAUGUUCAUUUACAUAUUUAAAUCAUAGAUGUUUUUUUUUUAACUAUCAUAUUUUUAUAUAGUUUUAUUUGUAUAGUGUCAUUUUUAGUUUGUAGUAUUUUAUGUUGAUUGUUACUAUACUGCACAACAUUGUGUUAAAUGUGUUUAUUCUGUUUUCAAUUGUAAUUGUAGUGAAACAUGGCAAGCAAACAAAAUUCAGUUGUGACUCUAUUGGGGAGGUUUGCCCGGGUAGUAAUUUGGUGUAGAACCGACACUGCUGAUCAGGAGACAACAUCUGAUUUUCAAUCCAGUCAUCAACCACAUGACCGGACCCGAUUUUGAAGUUUGAAACCUCAAAAUCCACAGUUCUUCCUAAAGAAUUACAGCGAAGAAUCAGCAUUAUAGUUUGCUUAGAUCUGCAUUGAUGGAAUGUUUACAAAGGACAGCAUAAAUAUUUUAGCUUUUUAACUUGUAAUCUCUGACAGAUAAUUGAUCACACAGUGAGGAUUUCACAGUAUAUUCAAGAGCAGAUGAGAAAACAAACAGAACUGACGGUUCGAGUCUUUGUACACAAUAGAACCAUCUCAUCCUUCUGCCUCACAUCACUGACUUAUAUUUAUUCCAUCAACCAUGCGGAUGGACUUGGACGUUGUUCCGUUGCCCCGCCUCCUGCCCCACUGCGCAUGCGCUCUACGCUACACUCCUCGUAGUUUCCGUGUUGUUCGAGCUUCAGCUCUGUAAGCAAGAUCUCCACCCAGGUAGGUGUCGUUCGGGCAUGGGUUCGGGAUCCUCCGUUCUUGGUUCUGAGCUGUGCGGGUCUUAUUUACGGCGACUGACCGCGGCUGUACAGGGAAGGCCCCCGGCGGCCGGAAAUCACCGUCUUCCGUCGGUUUCCGUGAUCGCGUCGGGAGGGUCGGAUCCCUUACUCCUUCAAAAUAAAAGCAGCACUUUCCGGACUCUACUUACCGGUACCACUGUACCGGUACCGGUAAGUAGAGCUCUGGCCCUGGCAUUAAUGAAGAACUGCUCAAAGAUGUGGAAACAACUUUUAUGAUCUAGUGUGUUUUCACUGAUAAAUAAAUAAAUUCUUAAACAAACUCCAAGACUGGAAGUGGAUUCAGGAAGUUAUCUGACGAUGUUGUGUUGGGUAACAGCUCCUUACCUGUGUGGUCUCAGGUGUCCUCCUUCUGUCCCUCCUUUGUGAUCGAAACCGAACAGUUCUCAAGAGGAGGAGAUGAAGAACAAAGUGAGCAGCUCUCAAGGGAGUGUGAAGAGGAAGUGCUGGUCCUGGCAGCAGUACCUGAAUGAGCAGAAGGCGGAGGCGGCCCCAUUGACUGCCUUUACACAGGCUCAGUCCUUUCCCAGUAAAAGAUGUGGUUUCAAAGUUGGAAUGAAGCUUGAAGGGAUUGAUCCUCUCCAUCCAUCCAUGUUCUGUGUGCUGACAGUAGCAGAGGUGAUUGGCUGUCGACUGCGCCUCCAUAUUGAUGGUUAUUCAGAUUGCUAUGACUUUUGGAUGAAUGCAGACUCACCAGACAUCAAACCAGCAGGCUGGUGCAAAGAGCAAAAUCGCCAACUACACCCUCCAAACGGCAUCAGUGAGACAGAAUUUGAAUGGGCAAACUACCUGCAGUCUUCAGGCUCCCAUGCUGCUCCGGCCUCUGUGUUCACCUGUAGAAAUAAGAGCUGUGGUUUUCAGGUGAGUAUGAAGUUGGAGGCGGUCGAUAAGAAGAAUCCGGGCCUCGUCUGCGUUGCAUCUGUUGCAGAUGUCAUUGAUGAUCGCUUCUUGGUCCAUUUUGACAACUGGGACGACACGUAUGACUACUGGUGCAACAGUAGCAGUCCAUACAUCCAACCUGUGGGCUGGUGUGAAGAACAGGGCCGACCUCUGAUGUCUCCUCAAGGUCAUCCUAACCCAGAACACUUCGUGUGGGAGGAUUAUCUCCAGGAAACUGGUUCCACAGCUGCUCCCAGUUCAGCUUUUACAGAAAAGGCUUCACAUGAGUUCCAGGUAAACCAAAAGCUGGAGGCAGUCGACUGUAGAAACCCUAUGUUGAUCCGUGUUGCAACAAUAACAGAUAUUGAAGACUACAAGGUUAAGAUUCAUUAUGAUGGCUGGUCGCCGCAGUUUGAUGUGUGGUGUGACAGUGAUCUUUCCGACCUGCAUCCCGUUGGCUGGUGUCAGCGUACAGGACAUCCGCUGGAGCCCCCCCCAGGUUCCUGCCCCCUGUUGUCCCCCUCCCAGGAUGUGUGCCCCACUGCUGGCUGCAGGGGAGUCGGACACAUAAAGGGACCCAAAUAUACUGGACACCACAGUGCCUUUGGGUGUCCGUACUCUGACAUCAACAUGCGAAAGGAGGUGGUGCUACCUGACCGGCUGGGAGGAGAGGUCUCCCAUGUCCCCAUCCAUCACCAUGCCAACCAGACCAACAGCAAAGGAGUUUGGGUGAAGGCGGAGCCCAGGAAUGACAUGCUGCUGCUUCCUCUGGGCAAGAGACGCAGAAUGGUGGAAAGGCUCUCCCAGCCAACCAAAUGUCUUUGUUUAAAAGAGGGAGAAGAGGGAGAAGAAGACGUCCCGCUUACAACUGUUGCUCCAGGCUCCAGUCUUCAGGCUGCCCUUCACCAGUCCGUCUUCUUGUCAGCCAUGUCGCCACAGCCUUGUCGUGACCUAUCGCUCUGCUGGGAGCAGCACCGGAAACUACUGCCCUGUGUUGCUGGCGUCCAUCCAGAGAUUGUUCAGCACUGGAGUGUCCAGCAGGUGUCAGACUUUAUUGAGUCUCUUCUUGGCUGUGAGGAACAAGCCAAACAGUUUCGUGAUGAGGAAACAACUGAAGAAGUGCAGGUGAGGUGGGUGUGGCUUAACCAACUGGCCAAAAAGCGCUUGGUCUGUGGUGAUGAUUGCAACAGGUGGUCUGCUGAGGAUCAAUGCAAGACGUCAGGACUCAUUGAGGACCAAGCCAAACAGAACACAUCCAUGCAGAAAGAAGAGUCACACGAAAAGGGAAGCAAGAUGAGGAAGGAGUCUGCUGAGGGAAUCGCAGCCGAAGGUGAUGAAGGUUUCAGCCUCACAGAAUCAAUCAAUGGGACGAGUCAGCAGAUUCCGCUAAGUUUUCUGGAGGAACUUCUGAACAGGUUAGCACGCCCAAGAUAUCUGUACUCUGACUGGCUAAAGGUUUUCGGCCCUCUCAUCAUGGGGAUUGGGAUUUUCCUCUUCAUUUGUGCCAAUGCCGUCCUUCAUGAAAACAGGGACAAGAAGACAAAGAUCAUUAACCUGCAGGACAUUUACUCAACCGUCAUUGACGUCCACAGCAGCAGAAAACUUCCUGCCUCUGGCUCCGCCCACCUCUCCUCAGCCAAUCCUUUUAAUGGCCUCAUUAACUAUGCCCAAUCAGAAAGUCUGAACAUAAAACCAAGGGUGUCUCCUGCCCCACUUCUGAAAAAAAAGAAGGAAGGGGGGUGGGGGGGCAGGGAAAAUCCACUGUUUUCAUGGCAGGUUGGCAGAUGGGGGAAGGUGGGAACAACUGAGGGGGGUGAUGGUGAUGGAGUCUUCUGCAUCUUCCAAAAGCAGCUUGAUCCUCCUCCAGGCUCUCGUCCCUCAUUCCAACACACACAGGGUUUCUGUCCUCCCCCUCCCCACGCCUGCUGGAGCCUCCCACAAAGGGAGAUGUGGCACCCCUUCACAUUACCUCUACACCACAUGGAACCCGCCAGCUCCAAAAGGAGGCACUCAGUGUGCAUAGGAAGUGCUGCCACAGGGGCAGAGCAGAGAGUGUUGGAGGACAGGAAGGGGGAGCGAUCGCAUGUCAGUCCCAGCAUUCCACAACAACACUUCCCAGUCACAUCCUGCUCCUCAACCAUCCCCUCUCAAAUGUCAUUCUUCUCCCUGUCUCACCUUCUCCCCCCUUCGUCCUCAACACAAGCCUUUCCCCGCAGAAGAAAGAGCUUCCCAACUGAUAGCAGUGAGCUGACCCUCAGGCAGGAGAAGUCCUGUGAGUGGUCUUCAUUACAGAAGGCAUAUAAGGGGUCAGAGACAGUGAUGUUUCAAAUCUGCAAAGACCCUGCAGCAGACAGCAUGUGAUCUCCUCAGCAAACAGGAAAACAAAGGUGAUGAAAAUGUCAAGAAGCAAUAAGUCCUCUGGUAAUUUUAAGCAGAAUAUCCUUCCUCUGUCAGUGUUUCCUGACAUUUGUCGUCACAGAACACGUAUUCCAUCUCCCCCUUUGUUUCACCUUACCAUCAAGCUCUGCAGAGGACUGAUAACGGCAGCCAUCUUAAUGUGCACACACACCGAACGUGAUUCGCGCGAUGGAGGCGCCCAUCUCCAAUGUUAUUCAAUGGUAAAUCUUUAAUAAUAUUCAUAUAAAUUCAAACAUGGAGACAUGAUUACUGAUGUUUUUGAAGAAAUUUUCACAAUAAAUAAACCUUAUUCCUCAACAUCAUGUCUUCCAUUCAUUGUAAGUGAGAUAUGCACAGACAGAGCUGGUAGCUCCUCCCUCAUGUGGCCGCGGCGUCAGGGACACAUUUUUGACAAGCGGCGAGCCGUGGAGAUCAGUUAAUUCACCACGUGGCAUAAGAGGGGCGUGGCACGCGCAGUCACAUCGCAUUCGGUGUUAAUGCACCAUAAGAGAACUGCGUGUGUUUGAGCAGGUGAAACUAAGUUGUCUAAAAAAAUUAAUUUCUUUGCUGUUUUAAAAAUAAAGAUUGUGUUACAGUUCUCUUUUUUAAUCUGCUUAAAUUUGCCGCUAACCAUUGAUGUCACUAACAAGAAGUAGUUCUUCUCAUUCAGCAACAGGGAUUUUUUUUUAAGAAUCAGUCAUGUCUGUAAUUUUCAAACAGGCAAACAAAAAAAAAGUUCCAAUAAUUUUGCCUGUGGUUUGACGCUGUACUGGUGUUGAUCACAGUGACUCACUUUACACGGAUUACAAUUGUCCCCCCAACCCAGUGAAGAAAGUCCCUGAGUUCUCAGCCUCAAAAAGAGUUUGCCACUAGGAGAAAAAGCGGGGUUGGUGUGAAGGUUUGGACUCCUGAGGAUUUCCUCUGGAUGCUAGAUCUGCUAAAUAAGUAAGAGUUAUACGACAAAUAAAACAGUCUGAAUAUAAAA